GUUUAAAGUCUUUCUAAGAUAAAUAAUUAUAACCCUUUUUAUGGUCCCUGUUUUAAGUUAACUUGUAUCCCGAAGUACAUUUGGUUUAUUAUUGUCCUGGUGUAUUAUUUUAUUUUACAGCCAUGACGGCAAUGAGUUUUGUUUUUAUCCCGUUUACGUUUAUUUUUAACGAUGUUGCAAGUAUCUAUGUGUAUCUUCAAAUAAUGCUUGCAUUGCUAAUACUUUGGAUAAUCUUCAAGAAAAAGGAUCCAAAUGGAAAGUGUAAAUUGACGCAGGAGGAAGAAGCUGAACUGAUAAGCAAAUGGCAGCCUUUUCCAUUAGUUAAACCUGCUCCUAAAAGUCACCGAGGUUACGAUAAGAGAGUAACUGAGGGCAAGAUUGGAAAAUAUAUAAAUGUUAAUGGUAUUAAUUGUUUAAAUCUGUCUUCUCAUGAUUUCUUGGGCUUAAAUGAAGAAAAGAUUAUUGAAAGUAGCGCCAUAGAGUCCAUUAGAAAAUAUGGUAUUGGCUCUUGUGGACCAAGAGGCUUUUUUGGAACUGUUGAUGUUCAUUUGGAAUUGGAGGAACGCCUUGCAAAAUUUAUGGAUUUAGAAGAAGCUGUUGUUUAUGCGUAUGGAUUUUCAACUAUUUCCAGUGCGAUUCCUGCCUAUGCGAAACGAGGCGAUGUUAUUUUUGUUGAUGAAGAAGUAAAUUUUGCCAUUCAGAAGGGUUUAGAUGCUUCACGAAGUGAAAUUAAAUAUUUUAAACAUAACGACAUGAAAGAUCUAGAAGAAUUAUUAUUAAAGCAAGCUCAGUUGGAUUCAAAGAACACAAAGAAAGCUGCCAGAACAAGAAGAUUUCUUGUAAUAGAAGGAAUCUACAUGAAAACAGGAAGGCUUUGUAACUUGCCAGAGCUUGUAUCACUUUCUAAAAAGUACAAGCUUCGCAUUUUCGUUGAUGAAAGUAUUUCUUUUGGAACAUUAGGAAAGAAUGGGAAAGGAGUUACAGAGCACUUCAAUAUCCCCGUAACUGAUGUCGAUCUAAUCAUGACUAGUUUAGAAAUGGCAGCUGCUUCCGUUGGUGGAUUUUGUGUUGGGUCAUCAUUUAUUGUUGAACACCAGAGACUUUCUGGAUUAGGUUAUUGUUUCUCAGCUUCAUUGCCACCUUUGUUGACAACAGCUGCUAUUAAGGCUCUAGAUAUUCUUGAAAAUAGACAUGAAUUAAUUGAUGAAUUGCAAAACGUUUGCUGCACUUUUCAUCAAUAUUUAUUAAAAAGUGACAUUAUUAUGAACUGUUUUACCUUAAUUGGUGAUGAUAUUAGUCCAAUUAAACAUCUGAGAUUGAGAAAUAAUGGAAAUAAUGUCCAAGAUUUAGGAUCUAUUAUAUCUAAGUGUGAACAUAUGAAUUUAGCCAUAACUGAUACGGCUUAUUUGGAUAUUGAAAAGAAAACACCUAUACCUAGCAUUAAACUGGCUAUUAACAGAUUAUUAACGAACGAUGACUUAAUUAGAGUUAUAAAUAUAUUAGAGAAGGCUGUAUGUUGAUGAGCACAGCACUGCAAUGAUGUUUUGUAAAAAUUAAAUAAAUCCAAAGAAUCUGAGACAUUCCAUAAUCAAUACAACAUGCUUGAUGUUUAAAUUACUACUUUGUAUUUUCACUCUAUUAUUUAUAAUACAAACAUUAGACUUUAUUUAUUCUACUGGAUAAGAAUCAUUACCACUAUUUUAAUCUUUUGAACUGUUACUGUGUUAUCCUUAUAAACUAUUGUUGAAUUA